AUGUGGCUGGACGGCUGGGAAUAUGGGGUGGGGUUGCGACUUGAAGCUGUGAUAACAGUAUUUAAUAUAGAGUUGAUCCAACCUCUCCAGGUGGAGUUGGUGAAUAUUGGAGGAACUGACAUCGUUGAUGGAAAUCACAAGCUGACGCUGGGGCUGCUGUGGAGCAUUAUCUUGCACUGGCAGGUGAAGGAUGUCAUGAAGAACAUCAUGUCAGAUUUGCAGCAGACCAACAGUGAGAAGAUCCUGCUGAGCUGGGUUCGGCAGUCCACAAGACCUUACAGUCAGGUCAAUGUUCUGAACUUCACCACAAGCUGGGCAGAUGGACUCGCCUUUAAUGCUGUCAUCCACAGACACAAACCCGAGCUUUUUAGCUGGGAUAAAGUUAUAAAGAUGUCCCCAGUUGAGAGACUGGAACAUGCUUUCAGCAUAGCCAAGAACCACUUGGGAAUUGAGAAACUGUUGGAUCCUGAAGCUGGAGAAGGUGCCCCAAAAUCUUUAACUGAGGUUGCUGCAGGAUUUGUGGCUGUAGCACUUGAAGAGGAGCAGAGCAGUUCUAGAGCAGAGACUCCCAGCACAGUGACAGAGGUGGAUAUGGACUUGGAUAGCUACCAAGUUGCUCUGGAAGAAGUUCUUACGUGGUUGCUGUCAGCUGAGGAUGCGUUUCGGGAACAGGAGGAAAUAUCUAGUGAUGUUGAGGAAGUCAAAGAACAAUUUUCAACCCAUGAAGGUUUUAUGAUGGAACUGACUGCGCACCAGAGCAGUGUGGGUAAUGUCCUGCAGGCUGGGAACCAGCUGGUGGCCCAGGGAAAUCUGUCCUCUGAAGAAGAGUUUGAGAUCCAGGAGCAAAUGCUGCUGCUGAACUCCCGCUGGGAGGAGCUCAGGGUGGAGAGCAUGGAGAGGCAGUCCCGCCUGCAUGACAUGCUGAUGGAGCUCCAGAAGCAGCAGUUGCAGCAGCUGUCCGACUGGCUGACCGUCACAGAAGGACGCAUUCAGAAGAUGGAAUCUCAACUCUUAGCGGAAGAUUUGGAGUCCCUUCAAAAACAGUUGGAAGAACACAAAAGCCUGCAGAGUGACCUAGAGACAGAGCAGGUGAAGGUAAACUCCUUAACACACAUGGUCGUCAUUGUUGAUGAAAGCAGUGGGGAAAGUGCAACAGCUGUUCUGGAGGAACAAUUGCAGAGGCUGGGCGAGCGGUGGACAGCAGUUUGUCGUUGGACUGAGGAACGACGGGUCAAGUUGCAAGAAAUUCAGCUUUUAUGGCAGGAGCUGCUGGAAGAGCAGUGCUUAUUGAAAGCUUGGUUAACUGAGAAAGAAGAGGCUUUGAGUAAGGUCCAGACAAGCAACUUUAAAGAUCAAACAGACCUGAGUGUGAAUGUUCGAAAGCUAGCAAUUUUGAAAGAGGACAUGGGUAUGAAACGGCAAACACUAGACCAGCUGAAUGAGCUAGGUCAGGAUGUGGCCCAAAUCCUUGGGAAUGGCAGAGCAUCCAGUAAAAUUGAUCAGGAUCAAGAAGAACUAACUCAGAGGUGGGACAGCUUGGUUCAGAAGCUUGAGGAUUACUCUAACCAGGUAACUCAAGCUGUAGGAAGUGUAGGGAUGUCACAGGUUUUACAGAAGACUGUUGUGGAAACAAUGCCGUUGAAGGAACAGGUAGUGGUUAAACAAUCCAGACAGGAGUUGCCUCCACCACCACCUCCAAAGAAAAGGCAAAUCCCAGGGGACAGUGAAGCAAAGAAAAAGUUUGAUGCUGCAAGUGCUGAGCUCUUGAACUGGAUUUCAAAAUCAAAAUCUGCCAUUCAGGCCACAGACAUCAAAGAGUACAAGAAGAUGAGAGAGACUUCAAACAUGAAAGACAAGUUGAAGGUGAUCGAAAAAGAAACAGCUGAAAAAAGCCAAAGGUUAGAUGAACUGAAACAAAGUGGACAUGUUCUUUUGGAUCAAAUGGGAAAGGAAGGACUUUCUACAGUGGAUAUAAAAACUGUGAUGGAGAAAAUACUGUCAGGGUGGAAAGAUGUGGUUCAACAUCUGGAAGAAGUGGCCAGAAAGAUAAAGUAUCAGGAAGAUAUAAAUGCUUAUUUUAAGGAAAUUGGUGAGCUUGAGAAGACUGUAACUGAGAAGGAUGGCUGGCUUAAAAAUGACGCUUCUUCAGCAUCCCAGCCCUCAGCAGUCAUGAAAGACUUAUGUCAGCGGGAGUUAACUCAUCUUGUAAGCCUGAGUCCACGGUUGGAACACCUGAAAGCCACCUGCAAGGCACUCACCUCUCAGCCCAUGCCUCCAAACUUCAUUCAGGAGAGCUUGAAUGGUUUUCUUGAUCACUUCAAGUUGACUCAUCAGAAACUAGAUGAACGUCACCAGCAGCUGAAGAAAGAGACGGAAAGCCAGCCGAGCCAGGAGUACGUGGACGCCCUGCAGCAGCUGAAGGACGCGCUGGGUGAGCUGGAGCGCGAGCAGCAGUCCAUUGCCAGUGGACUGAGCGACCCCAGUAAGGUUGAGAAGGCCCUGCAGCAGGCGAAGACUGUUUGUGAGACACUGGAAGCCCAGAAGCCCAAGGUAGAUAAACUUGCUGAAGAAACCAAGGCUUUGGAGAGACAUGCUUCUUCGGAUAUAAAAAAGGUCUACAUGCAAGAAUUCAAGCAUGUGCAGGGACACUGGGACAAGUUAAAGAUCAAAAUUUCCAAGGAUGUUAAACUACUGGAGGAAAUUACAUCCAAGUUGAGAAUAUUUGAG